AUGGACGGGGCUGAGAGCCGAGAGUGCAGGAAGCAUCGUCGAUGGCCGCCCAAGAAGCGCUGGGCUUACCUCCCAAUUGCAAUUGCCAUCUUCGCGGCCCUGACGUCCAUCAGAAGGUGUUCCGGAAGCUUCGCCGUGCAGGCGUUACGCAGAGGUCUAGCGAAGCGCCCCCUGAAGGCCACGCGUCCUACUUUAUCGAGUGCCAAAGUCGACUCGCGCUCUUUCCUUCGGCAAAAGCUUCAGGGGAUGCAGGAAGAAGAGCUCAAAGAUUUGCUACGGCAGCGGGGGCAGCCAGACUAUGGUGAAAAAGAUGACUUAGUUCAGCGGCUUGUGAGCAAGGCGAUGUCGAGGCCUAUGAAACGACCGCCAAAGGAUGCCGGGCCAAGCCGUUCCCUCGCGCCUCAGCGGAGAGCUCCGCGUAGGGCGCAGCAAGCUGCCCAGGCAGCCGAAGAUGGCAGCGACGCCGAGGAACUCCCCGGCCGACCUGUUGCCGCGACACAUGUGGAGCGCCAGAAGGAGGAGCCACCCGACAGCAAGCCGGAGGACGUGAUGACAUGGAUAGAUGGGCGCUUGAAGUUCUCCAAGAUGCUGGAGGAAGAACGACCAGGCAAGACCGUCAAGGCACUCAACGCGGAUGCCGAAGUGAAGCUGCAGCACUACUUCGGCACUUUCCCAGAGAUGAAAGAAACCUUGAGGACGCAGCAGGUGCACAGCGUGAAAGAGUGCCUUCUUCGGAGGGGCCGCUGUCUGAUUGCCGAUGAGAUGGGCCUCGGGAAGACGCUCACUUCCUUAGUGGUUGCGCAGAUCUACUCCGAGGAGUGGCCCCUUCUGGUCGUCGCGCCAGCAGGUGUGGUCAAGAAUUGGGUCAAGGAGGUGCAAAAGUGGCUGCCCCACAUGGUCUCUGACGUUAUGGAGCUCAGCUCGAGCGUCGCUUCAACGAGGCGGAAAGACAUCCAGGAGGCUUGGGUGAACAAGCUGAUCUUCGUGGUGUCUUACGAUCAGGCCAGGGUGCAGCCCGCACUGACUCGACGGCCGGACGGAAGCCCGUACAAGGUCGUUAUCCUGGACGAGGCGCACUACAUCAAGACUUCCGACUCUCAACGAACGGAGGUGCUCUUGCCCGCCUGUCGUGAUGCCCGCCGUUGCAUCCUGCUCACGGGCACGCCCGUGCUGAACCACGCAGGCGAAACGUGGACACUCAUGUCAGCGCUGGACCCGACGCUUCCUCCAUUCGAAAGUUUCUGCAAGCGAUAUUGCAAGUUCAAGCCUCAAGUGGGGGACGAUGGAAUCGAGACAUUGGUGCCUCAUGGGGUCGAGCGCUCCGAAGAGCUACACAAGGUCUUCCACUCCUUCACCGUGCGGCAGAAGAAGUCGGAAGUUCUGACCAAUCUGACCGCGAAGAAGAAGUUCAAGAUCGAUUUCAGUGAAGCCAUCAACGGGAAAUGGAAGCAACAAGUCAUGGGCCUGAAGAUCGCUGUCGGCAAGUCCAAAAGCGCGCGGAUGAAGCAGUCCUUGCCUGUGCGCAUCUUUGCCAAGACCGCCGAGGCGAAGGCCGGACCCGUCACUGAGUAUGUACAGAGCAUCCUGGAACGCUCUGAUACUGAUCGCAAGAUCGUGGUCUUCGGUCACCACCUGGUAAUGCUCGACAGGCUCGAGAAGAUGUGCCAGAAGAUUGGCCGCAAGUACAUUCGAAUUGAUGGCAAAGUGCCAAAACAUCGCCGACAGGGCAUAAUCGACAAGUUCCAGGAGGAGCCCGACAUUCAGGUGGCGCUGGCAGGGAUGAAAGCUUGUGGGCACGGGAUUUCCUUCACCGCCGCAUCUUUGGUGAUUUUCGCAGAGCUGCACUGGGUGCCGGCGAGUCUGCUCCAAGCCGAAGAUCGGGUGCACCGGCAUGGGCAGGAGCACGACGUUGAGAUCGUGUACUGUGUCGCCGAAGGCCAGCCCUUCAUGGACGACUCGAUCCUAAAGAAGGUGUGCGAGAAAGAGCAGAUCGCCAACUUGAUUACUGACGGAAAGAAGCUGGAGAGUGCCUUCUCCCUCUUGCCGAAGGAUCAGGCCACCAGCCCGACGUCCUCGUGA